AUGUUCAAGACAUUUCGCAAACAUUUGGCGCUUAAAAACUAUCAAUAUGAAAUAACGACCGGUCUAUACAUGCUUGAACCCUGGGAGAAAGCUCUUUUUACGCUUUUUACGUACGCUACAGUCUUUUAUCUUCCAGAGCAGAUGGCAUAUUUUGCCUCUCGAUUAUCAGAAUAUACCUCGGUGUACCAUUAA